AGACUAUAUCCAAUCCACUGGUAUACUACAAGGACUAGCGGUAUUGAUCUCUGCGGUUUUGUGGACAGAAUAAGCAGCUCAGAUCUGUGGGAGAAGAGAAAUGGGGAGAAUGGAUUACUUGGCUAUGAAGACCGAUGAAGUUUCCGGCGAGGAACUCAUCAAUGCCGACCUCCGAGACCUCAAGAACGCCGCCAACAACCUCUUUAAACACGCCGCCAAGCUCGGCGGUCUCGGCUUCGGCACUUCUUUUCUCAAAUGGGUCGCCUCUUUUGCCGCCAUUUAUUUGCUCAUACUGGACCGGACAAACUGGAAAACGAACAUGCUGACCGCGCUUCUAAUCCCUUACAUCUUCUUAAGUUUUCCCGAUGUGUUAUUUGACUUUUUAAGGGGCGAAGUUGGGAAAUGGAUUGCUCUCGUAGCAGUCGUGCUAAGACUGUUCUUCCCCCGACAUUUCCCAGACUGGUUGGAAAUGCCUGGCUCGCUAAUCCUACUUCUCGUGGUUUCUCCCAACUUCUUCGCUUACACGAUAAGAGAGAGCUGGAUUGGAACAGCAAUAUGUCUCGUGAUCGGCUGUUAUCUGCUCCAAGAACACAUCCGGGCGUCUGGGGGAUUCCGCAAUUCCUUCACUCAAAGCCACGGUAUAUCGAACACAGUAGGCAUCAUCCUCUUGUUGGUGUAUCCAAUCUGGUCUCUGGUUCUUCAUUUUGUUCACUGAAUUAGUGGAUUUGGACAAUGGUUUGCCAUUAGCUCUUUCUAGAUUCCAGAAUUGUUUCUGGGUUGUGAUGAAAGCAAAACUUGGAUUGUGUACAUUCAUCAUGGACUUUGUCUGAUGAUUUGUUAAGUUGGUGAGUUUGUCAUUUAGUACUAGGUUGUCAUAUUGAAUCUACUGGAAUCUGGAAUGGUUUGCUUGGUUAGUAUAUUAUUCAUUGUGCCAUCUUCAUGUAGAAUCUUUAUCAAGAAAGGGAUUUAGAUUCCAAAGGAACUCAACACAC